AUGUCCAAUGUGUAUAUAUUAAAUGAUAUAAAAGAUAGAAGAAAUCCUAAAGGGGUCGGGUAUCAGCUAGGUAGUAUUUGUGAAUCAGAACUUGAAAAUGCAUUGCAUAGUAGUAUCAAAUCUGCUUCUGAUCUUGCUAAUGAAUAUAAAGACCUGCAAGAUGUAUAUUUAAAGCAAGAAAAGGAACUUGAGCUAGUUCAAGCUGAUACUAGAAAAAAAAUUAGCCAACUAAAUGCAUCCAAUACUAGGCUUAGAUCUUCUGAACAGGCAUCCCAUACUGAAAUCCAAUCGCUUAAAUCUGAGAUUAAAACACUAAAGAGAAAAGUGACCCUCGCCCAGAAAGCUUCGUCCCUUGACAAGGAUGAGAUUCUUUGUCUUAAAGGUGAAAUAGAUAAACUGAAAGCCGAAGUAGAAGAAUUGGAAUUAGAGAUGGAAUUAGAAUGCACAUCUCAUGAUUCAGAUACCACUUCAUUUAGGGAUAAAAUAAGUGAAUUAAAUUCCCUUAAUCGUAUAUUGGAGCAGAAAAAGGAUGAUUUAAAUUCAAAGAAACAUGAAUUAGAAACUGAGGUAGGGCAUAAGGAUUCUGAAAUCACCUCUCUUGGAGCUAAAGUAAACAAGCUAGAGAAAGUAGAAAAAGGUCUAAUAUGUAGAUAUGGGUUAAUUAGCUGUCUCAGGUCUAGAGUGAGAGAAUUGGAAGAUCAACUCGCUGAGAACUCUUUGGAAAAAGAGUUCCUUCCUCAAGAAACUAAUACUCAUUUAGCAGAGCAGAUUUCAAAAGCAUCCAGUGAGUUUAAUGAAGUGAUUGGAGGUGAUAGCGGACCAGAGAAAGAUGAGGCUACAAAGCACGAAUCAUCCCGAAAUGUUGGACAUCUAGCAAUGACAUGGCCUUUCAGCAUGAUAGUCAGCGGAAGAAGUGAUACAGGUAAGACCAAUUUACUAGCAAAUCUUGUUCUUGGAGAUAAAUGUAAACAUAUAUAUAAAAGACAAAAAAGAGGAUCCAGAUAUAUUAGAUGCAAUAAUUUGAUAGUUUGUGGUUACUAUCCUGAUGAGCCGAAAUGGGCAUUCGUUAAAUAUAUGUAUAAAAUAAUAGCAAGUAAUCUCAAAGCAUCCUAUUAUGAGAACAUUAGAUUCAGUUACAUAUCACUAGAACAAAUUCCUAGUGUGAAAUCAUUUUCACUUGAGAGAAGCACUGUAAUCAUUUUUGAGGAUGUAUGUGUUGCUCCCGAGUCUAUCCAAAAUCGCAUUAUACUAUUUUUUACAUAUGGGCAACAUCAUAAUAUUUCUCCAUGCUAUAUUACUCAGAAAUAUCAUCAUGUACCAAUUAUUAUUCGUGAGAAUAUCUCCCUUUUAGUAAUAUAUAAUAGGAGAAACAGUUAUCAAGACAUGUCCAAGAUAGCUAACCAAUAUACUGAUGAUAUAAAGAGCACAUCCAUAGUUAUUAAUAGCUACCUCCGUAAAUAUAAGUUUGUUGUAUUUGAUUUCAAUAGGCCAGAGGAUGUUCCUUUAGCAAUUCGGCUAAGAUUCGAUACACCAUUAAACCUGCAAAAGGAAAUAGAGGCAAGGCAGAGGCGCAAGAAAAAAAGUGCCCCAGCUAAUGAAUAG